GAGCAACAAAUAAUUUUCCCUCCGGCCCUUAUGAGUCCCCACCGUUCCUGCUCAAUCAUCAUCUUCUUCCCUCUUCGGAGCGCGGGACGGGGUCUACUGCUCCAUCUCCACCUCUAACUCAAGCUUGGAAAAUUGGUCUCUCAAUUCACAUUGGCAUCUGCAGUGAGGAGUUGUAAGUGGUAGGAAAUGGCUCGAAUAGUUGCAUUGAGCUCCCCCUCCUCCAAUUGGUCCUUCCAAUUUCAUGGAGGUGCUCUCAUGAAUAAUAGAUUAUUAAAGGUUGAACAUGCGAGGUAUUCAACUCCAUUUUUUCCUAAUUCUCAGGAAGGGCAUUUAAAGCAAUGUAGAAAAAGGAAUACACGUCUUAGGGUGGAAGGUUCAAGAGCAUAUGGUGAUAAUAUAGAUUCAGAUGAUUCAGAAGAUGACGACGAUGGUGAUGAUGACGAUGGUCAAGAUGAGCAACCUACUCAGAGUAAUGUUGAUCAUGUGAAGGAGGACUCAUUUCGUGAGGAUCUUGAGAAAAUUGUUGGCAAAGAUGAUUCAACUUUUACUGGCAUUGAUCUUGCAACUCUCAUAAGAAACAAAUACGGGCGGUCUUAUGAUGUCCAACUUAUAAAGAAGGAGUUCAUGGGAAGGAACCUUCUUGCAAUGAAUGUCAUGUGGAAGUUUAGGGAGCAGAGAUCAUUUCCACUUACUGAAGAAGAGUACCUCAUGAGGCUUGAUGAUGUAGCAAAUGUGUUGAAAUGUUGGGGUGCUGUUUCUCACGUCCGAAACAGUCUUGAAAGAAUGAAGGAAAGGCCUCGUAUAGGCAAGGCAGUCAGCAUUUUCAUUGACAUGGAUGAGUCUGGAGGCCGUGCUGAUGAGUGGAUUUACAAGUAAUGUGAUAUGAGUUGAACCACAAAAUUGAAAGAGCAUUCUUUCAAGAUGCGUAUGUGUCAUCAGCAAAUGGUUUGUAUGGAAUUCACUUGAGUCUCACCUUUUGCAUGUGAAAUCUUGUCUGUUGAAUCCCGAAAUUGUGGACAGUCCAUUUUCGUUGCAAUUUCCUCAGUUCUUGGGGUGCCUUGCUUGCAUCCAAAUGUAUCAGUGCUCAUCUUGUAAAAAGUGUUUGUGUACUAGGUUUUGUACAUGUUCUAUUUGCAGAGUGCCCACCCCUUCAGUGACUGAAUAUCAGAGCAGGGUUCCACUAAAAAAUGAGCACUUGAUAUAGAAAUGGCCCGUGAUCAAGGACAUAAUGCUCCAGCCCUUUACAUGAGCAAUUCACCGUCUCUGAAGAGAAAUGUGGCUGCUUGAGACUUGAAUGCAUUAUGCAAUUAUUAUUAUUAUUUUGGUUGUUA